GAGACUUUUCACUCAUUGAAGGAUGCCAAUGAUAUUUUAAAUAUUGCGAAGAAACGUUUUUUUGGAUAAUUCAACGAAAGAAACGGGGUCAGAAUUCCCGCGAAUAACUACCUAUGGCUACCCUUAUCAAAAUUUCGCAACCGAGUCAUCUCCGAUUCCACCGAGUCAGCAUGUUCGCUCUCCGAAUCCACUCGGUGGACACCGACCACCCCAUCGCCGGAACGUCGGACUUCGUCUCUCGAACAGCAAACCCUAACCCUAACCCUAACCCUAGCGUCUUGGAGCGAAGGGGCAUCGUGCACCUCUUCCGCAGCGAAUCGCGUCACCCGGCGACUUCGCUGCCAAACCCUAGCUGCCGAUCCACUCUUCUCUUCGUCGUCGCCGUCCCUAACUACCUCUCCUCGGAGGAAUUCCUCUGUUUUUGCGGCUCCUACCUCGACCACGCCUCCGAGGUCCUCAUCCUCAGGAAUGACGCGAUGGAAGAUCGGUACAGUGUGUUGAUUAAGCUCGUUAAUCAGUCGGAAGCUGACAACUUUUACCGUAAUUUCAACGGGAAGCGGUUUUCGCUAGCCGAGGCGGAGGUAUGCCAUAUUCUCUUUACUCUUUCUGUAGAGUACACAGAGUCGGCUGAGAUUGCUGGCAUGCCUCCAACUGGAUUUGCUGAGUUACCCACUUGUCCGGUAUGCCUUGAAAGAUUGGACCAAGACACUAGUGGAAUUCUGAGUACACUAUGUGAUCAUUCAUUUCAUUGUUCAUGUGUAUCAAAAUGGACUCAUUUGUCUUGUCAGGUUUGCCAAUUUUGCCAGCAGCAGGAUGACAAACUGACCUGCUCUGUUUGUGAGACAUCAGAGAAUCUCUGGGCUUGUGUGAUAUGUGGUUUUGUAGGAUGUGGAAGAUACAAAGAAGGGCAUGCUAUCAGGCAUUGGAAAGAUACACAUCAUUGCUAUUCUCUUGAUUUAGAAACACAGCAGGUUUGGGAUUAUGUUGGUGAUAGUUAUGUUCACCGGUUGAACCAGUCAAAAGCUGAUGGCAAAUUGGUACCAACAAACUUGCGUUGUAUGUCAUCUGAAGAAGAUUGUGGUAUUUGUGGAUGUACUGAGGAUUCUGGAAUUAGUGGGACCCUUUUUAGUAGCAAAGUUGAAGCGAUUGUGGAUGAGUACAAUCAUCUUCUUGAAUCACUUUUAGAGACUCAACGACAAUAUUAUGAAUCUCUCCUUUUAGAGGCCAGAAGUAAAAAGGAGAGUUCCAUUUCAGAAGCAGUGGAGAAGGCUGUGACAUCGAAGAUGCAGGAUAUCCAGUGCAAACUGGAGAAAUGUGUUGAGGAGAAAAAAGCUGUUGCAGAUAUCAAUCAAAAUCUUAUCAAGAACCAAGAGCUUUUGCGGAAUAAAGUCAAGGAAAUAGAAGAGAGUGAAAUUUCAUUGCUAAGGUCGAGAGAUGAAAAGAUAGGAGACCUGGAAGAGCAGAUAAGAGACCUUACGGUAUACAUUGAAGCCCAGAAAACACUCGAUAACUUGACAGAUUCAGAUGGCGUCAAAGGAGGAACGCUCUUACCAGUACCGUUGAAACAAUCCUCCCCAUCCAGUAGCAGAAGGAAUGCAAAGUCGAAUAGAAGACGGAAUUAAUAUUUGGCCUCCUUUCCAAACACAUUCAUCACCAUAUUGUGUAUACCCAAAACAGAGUGCAUGCUUGUAUGACAACAUGGAAUAGGCAAUGGUCAGUUCUCUAACUAUUCUUGUAAAGCAAAACUUGUGUUCCAUGAUGAAAUCCUGUGAGAAUUUUGCUGCUGCACCAUCUCGCAGCACAUGCUGUGGUGCUCUUCCAAUGUUGUAUGCACUUGACCUAAACAGGUUGUCCCAACUAUUUUUUCCUUGUUUUAGUUAGGGUUUAAAAUGCCCUUGGAAGGUCAAAUUAAUUGUAAAAGAGAACAUUCUAAUGAUUUUAGGUUUGGCAUCAUCCAAA